AAAGUGAAAUCACUCAUGCACAAAACUACUUCCCAGAGACUCGUGCCAGGUUCUUCUUGUCAGAGAAUUAAGAGUACAAUGGAAGAUAGCACGAUCUUCGCAAAUCGGACAGUCGGCAGCAAGCAAAGAAUACAGUAUGACCUUUCAUGUGAACUGUAUAGGAUGUCCACGUAUUCGACGUUUCCCGCCGGUGUUCCUGUCUCGGAAAGGAGUCUCGCGCGUGCUGGGUUUUACUACACUGGUGUGAAGGACAAGGUUAGAUGCUUCUGCUGUGGCCUGAUGCUGGACAACUGGAAGCAUGGAGACAGUCCUAUUGAAAAGCAUAAACAGCUGUAUCCCAGCUGUAGUUUUAUUCACAGUCUGGUUUCUCUUACUAGUCUGGAAUCCACCUCUAAGAAUGCUUCUCCAAUGAGAAACAGUUUUCCACAUUUGCUGUCUCCCACUUUGGAACACGGUGGCACAUUCAGUGGUUCUCAUUCCAACCUUUCACCAAACCCUGUGAAUUCUAGAGCACUCGAAGACUUCUCCCCAUUGAGGACUAACCCCUACAGUUACGCGAUGAGUACUGAGGAAGCUCGAUUUCUGACUUACCACAUGUGGCCAUUAACCUUCUUGUCACCCUCAGAGUUGGCGAGAGCCGGCUUCUAUUACAUAGGGCCUGGGGACAAGGUGGCCUGCUUUGCUUGCGGUGGCACUCUCAGUAACUGGGAGCCGAAGGAUGACGCUCUGUCAGAGCAUCGGAGACAUUUUCCCAACUGCCCGUUUCUGGAAAAUUCUCUGGAGACGUUGAGGUUUAGCAUUUCAAACCUGAGCAUGCAGACGCACGCAGCUCGGCUGAGAACGUUCGUGUGCUGGCCGUUGAGCGUCCCGGUCCAACCCGAGCAGCUCGCCAGUGCCGGCUUCUAUUACGUGGGUCGCAAUGAUGACGUCAAAUGCUUUUGUUGUGAUGGUGGCUUAAGGUGUUGGGAAUCUGGAGACGACCCGUGGGUGGAGCACGCCAAGUGGUUUCCAAGGUGUGAGUUCUUGAUUCGCAUGAAGGGGCAGGAUUUUGUUGAUGAGAUUCAAGCUCGAUACCCUCACCUUCUUGAGCAGCUUUUGUCAACUUCAGAUACUCCUGGAGAUGAAAAUACUGAUCCACCAAUUGUUCAUUUUGGGCCUGGGGAAAAUUCCUCCGAAGAUGCCGUCAUGAUGAACACACCCGUGGUGAAAGCGGCCUUGGAGAUGGGCUUCAGUAGAAACCUGGUGAAGCAGACCGUUCAGAGCAAGAUCCUGACGAGCGGGGAGAAUUACAAAACAGUCAGUGAUAUUGUGUUGGCACUUCUUGAUGCUGAAGAUGAGACCAGAGAAGAAGAGAAGGAAAGACAAACUGAAGAGUUGGCAUCAGAUGAUCUGUCAUUAAUUCGGAGGAACAGAAUGGCUCUUUUUCAACAGUUGACGUGUGUGCUUCCUAUCCUGGAUAAUCUUUUAAAGGCCAAUGUCAUUAAUAAACAGGAACAUGAAAUUAUUAAGCAAAAAACACAGAUACCUUUGCAAGCAAGAGAACUGAUUGAUACCGUUUUGGUCAAAGGAAAUGCUGCUGCCAACAUCUUCAAAAGCUGCUUAAAAGAAAUUGACCCUACAUUAUAUAAGAACUUAUUUGUGGACAAGAAUAUGAAGUAUAUUCCAACAGAAGAUGUUUCAGGUCUGUCGCUGGAAGAGCAGCUGAGGAGGCUGCAGGAGGAAAGAACCUGCAAAGUGUGCCUGGACCGAGAAGUGUCCAUAGUGUUCAUUCCCUGCGGCCACCUGGUGGUGUGCCAAGACUGCGCCCCUUCCCUCAGAAAAUGCCCCAUUUGCAGGGGUAUAAUCAAGGGCACCGUCCGGACCUUUCUCUCAUAAAAGAAAAACCGUAUGUUUGCUUAUGUAGAAAAGUGUCGAAAACAUUGUUGAACAUUUGAAGCCAUCCGGAGUAUAGAAAGAAUGAUUGUUCUUUAAUUAUGACACUUGUAAUCUGCUUUGGUACUAGUGGUCUUGUUUCAAAAAAUAGUAUCAUUUAUCCUAUUUAAUGCUAGUCUUUAUUGCUACAAAAGGGGAGGUUUCCGUUUGACGGGCCCUAGUGCCAUACGUGUGUGAGCACAGGCGUAGCCUCAGCGCUGGGGAGUCACUGCAGCAGUGCCUGGUGUUGGAAUUCUUUCUGGAGGCUUUGAGUGCUGCAUUAGCAUGUAGUGUAAAAGAAACGGACACCAGGAGCUCUGGACUUUCCCCAAAUCCUGGUGCCAAAUUCUCUCUGGUGUUUUUUCAUUUGUGUUUUGAAAUAAGUGUGUUUUUCUUACUGGUACAUAAGCUUUUUCUUAAUUUGUGA